CCCUCUGGAGCCUCGCGGCUGCGGGGCCCGGGAGCUGCAGCUGAGAGAGAAAAAAAAAUCCCCCAGAGACUGAGCGGCGGCGGCGGCGGGAGGAGGAGGAGAGGGAGGGGGGGGCUGGAUUGCAAAAACCCACCGCCCCCCGCGGCCCCAACAGCGUGCAACCUGACCAUUGCAGCGGCCCGGGCCGGAUGCAUCGAGUGGAGGCCGAGGCUUGGGCCUGGGAGUCCCUGCCCAGAGUGAAGGUGGAGCCAAUCGAGAGGGAGUCCCCACCUCGGGUUACCACCCGCCAGGAGGCGAAAGAGGAGGACCGCAACUGCCCGGGCUCUCCCCCCUCGCCCCUGCCUGCCGAUGAGGGCCCGGCGUCGCCGUGGGAAGGGCCGGACCGGAAACCCGCCGCGGCGGAGCUGGGAGAGGGGCCCGAGUCUCUCCGGGAGGAUGCCGGCGCUCACCGCUGCCCCCAGUGCCCCCGGACUUUCACCGCGCCCUCGGAGCUAGAGGUGCACCGGCGCUCCCACACCGGUGGUGCCGGCGACCGCCUGCUGCGGUGCUCCGUCUGCCGGGACUCCUUCCGCGGGCCGGCCGACUUCUUCGGUCACCGCUGCCCGCCAGGCGGCCGGUGCCGGUGCCCACCGGGCCGGAGCGAGCCGUGCCGGUGUGCCGCGGCCGACCGGGAGAAGCCCUGCCAGUGCAGCGCCUGCCACAAGGUCUUCCGGCGCCUCUCCUCCUUCCUGGCGCACCGCUGCGGCUCCGCCCGGCAGCCGGACAGGCCCUUCCGGUGCGACGUGUGCGGCCGGAGGUUCGCCCAGGAGGCCAAGCUCGAAGACCACCGGCGCACCCACACCGGCGAGCGGCCCUUCAGGUGUGACGUUUGCGGGAAGGUCUUCUCCCAGUCCUGCAAGCUCCUGGCGCACCAGUGCAUCCACACCGGGGAGAAGCCCUUCCGCUGCCAGGCUUGCGGCCGCUCCUACAACCGCCUGGACAACCUGCGGCGCCACCAGCGCUCCCACCUGGUGGAGCGCCCGCACGUCUGCCCGGUCUGCGGCCGGGCCUUCGCCGACCCCGGCCGCCUGCUGUCCCACCAGCGCGGCCACGCCGCCGAGAAGCCGUUCCGCUGCCCGGCGUGCGGCCGGGGCUUCGCCCGCUCGGCCAAGCUGGCCCUGCACCGGUGCCCGCAUGCCGGCGGCGGCGCCGCCCCCGCAGCUGAGCGCCUGCACCGCUGCGGCGACUGCGGCAAGACCUACAACCGGCCGGAGAAUCUGCGCCGGCACCGGCGUUGCCACGGCCGCCUGCGGAAGGGCCUGCACUGCCUGCUGUGCCAGAAGUCGUUCAACCUGUUCUCCACCUUCCUGGCCCACCAGGCGCUGCACACCGGCGAGAAGCCCUUCCGCUGCGCCGUCUGCCACAAGGGCUUCGGCGCUUCGGCCUCCCUGCUGGCGCACCAGUCCAUCCACACCGGCCAGAAGCCCUACCGCUGCGGCGACUGCGGCAGCAGCUACAACCGCCUGGACAAUCUACGCCGGCACCAGCGGUCGCACCAGGGCGACCCGGCGCCAGCCGAGGGCGGGGAGAGGAGGAGGAGGAGGCGGAGGAGGAGCGCCGUGGCCAAGGGGCCCCUCCAGGCGGAGCGGGACGUCCCCUUCCAGCUGGUCUUCCGGUGCGAGGUUUGCGGGGAGACCUUCCCCGCGCUGUCUGAUCUCCAGGAGCACCGUCUGGGCCACGCCGAGACUUCAUAUCCCUGCGACGUCUGCGGGGAGAGCUUCUCCGAGGCGUCUGCCCUCCAGACGCACCGUCUGGGCCACGCCGAGACCUCGUACGGCUGCGACAUCUGCGGAGAGACGUUCCCCGCGCUAUCAGACCUCCAGACGCACCGUCUGGCCCACGCCGAGACCUCGUACUGCUGCGACGUCUGCGGAGAGAGCUUCUCCGAGGCGUCUGCCCUCCAGACGCACCGUCUGGCCCACGCCGAGACAUCGUACGGGUGUGACGUCUGCGGGGAAUCGUUCCCCGCGCUGCCUGAACUCCAGACGCACCGUCUGGCCCACGCGAAGACCUCAUACAGCUGCGACGUCUGCGGGGAAUCGUUCCCCGAGUUGUCUGCCCUCCAGACGCACCGUCUGGCCCAUGAGGAGCCGUCGUACGGGUGUGACGUCUGUGGAGAGACGUUCCCCGCGCUGCCUGACCUCCAGACGCACCGGCUGGCCCACGCGGAGACUUCGUAUCCCUGUGACGUCUGCGGGGAGACGUUCCCCGCGCUGCCUGACCUCCAGACGCACCGGCUGGCCCACGCGGAGACUUCGUAUCCCUGUGACGUCUGCGGGGAGACGUUCCCCGCGCUGCCUGACCUCCAGACGCACCGUCUGGCCCACGCGGAGAGGCGGGGAGGACACCGCUGUGACACCUGCGGGGAGACAUUUCUCCGAGCGGAGGAGUUGCUGGUGCACAGCUACGUGCACGCGGGGGAGCGGCCCUUCUCCUGCACCGUCUGCGGCCGCGGUUUCACCAAAGCGUCUUCCCUGUGCGCCCAUCAGGCCAUCCACACCGGCCAGAAGUCUUACCGCUGCUCCGUCUGUCCAAAAAGCUACAACCGCCUGGACAACCUCCGGCGACACCAGCGGGUGCACUUGGGCGAGCGGCCUUUCCGGUGCACGGUGUGCGGCCAGGGCUUUGUCUCCUCGGCUCUCCUACGCGCCCAUCGGGCGGCCCAGCAUCCUGGCAUCACCCGCGCUCCCCCCUCCUCCUCCUCCUCCUCCUCCCCCCAACCGCCACCAGCGUCCUCCAAUCGCCCAGCAUCCCCAGACCCGGUCAUCCACGUGGCCACGCGCUUUGAGUGCCGGGUGUGCGGCGAGGGCUUUGCUGACUCACUGGGACUCCGCGCCCAUCGCUCUCUGCACCUCCAGCCCUCCUACCAGUGCCCCGAGUGCGGGGAGAUCUUCAACGACUCAUCUUCCCUCCAAUCCCAUUGCUUGACUCACGUAGACUCCUCCUACCAGUGUCCCGAGUGUAGGGAGAUCUUCGAAGAUCCAUCUUCCCUCCAAACCCAUCGUUUGACCCACGUAGACUCCUCCUACCAGUGUCCUGAGUGUAGGGAGAUCUUCGAUGGUCCAUCAUCGCUCCAAACCCAUCGUUUGACCCACGUAGACUCCUCCUACCAGUGUCCCGAGUGCGGAGAGAUCUUCGAAGAUCCAUCUUCCCUCCAAACCCAUCGUUUGACCCAUGUAGACUCGUCCUACCAGUGUCCCGAGUGUAGAGAGAUCUUCGACGAUCCAUCUUCCCUCCAAACCCAUCGUUUGACCCAUAUAGACUCCUCCUACCAGUGUCCUGAGUGCGGGGAGAUCUUCAACGACUCAUCUUCCCUCCAAACCCAUCGUUUGACCCAUGUAGAUUCCUCCUACCAGUGUCCCGAGUGUAGGCAGAUCUUCGAAGAUCCAUCUUCCCUCCAAACCCAUCGUUUGACCCACAUAGACUCCUCCUACCAGUGUCCUGAGUGUAGGGAGAUCUUCGAAGAUCCACCAUCGCUCCAAACCCAUCGUUUGACCCACAUAGACUCCUCCUACCAGUGUCCCGAGUGUAGGGAGAUCUUCGAAGAUCUGUCAUCGCUCCAAGUCCAUCUUUUGACCCACGUAGACUCCUCUUACCAGUGUCCCGAGUGUAGGGAGAUCUUCGAAGAUCCAGCAUCGCUCCAAACCCAUCGUUUGACUCACGUAGACUCCUCUUACCAGUGUCCCGAGUGUAGGGAGAUCUUCGAAGAUCCAUCUUCCCUCCAAACCCAUCGUUUGACCCACAUAGACUCCUCCUACCAGUGUCCCGAGUGUAGGGAGAUCUUCGAAGAUCCAUCUUCCCUCCAAACCCAUCGUUUGACCCACGUAGACGACUCCUACCAGUGUCCCGAGUGUAGGGAGAUCUUCGAAGAUCCACCAUCGCUCCAAACCCAUCGUUUGACCCACGUAGACUCAUCCUACCAGUGUCCCGAGUGUAGAGAGAUCUUCGAAGAUCCAUCUUCCCUCCAAACCCAUCGUUUGACCCACAUAGACUCCUCCUACCAGUGUCCCGAGUGUAGAGAGAUCUUCGAAGAUCCAUCUUCCCUCCAAACCCAUCGUUUGACCCACAUAGACUCAUCCUACCAGUGUCCUGAGUGCGGGGAGAUCUUCGAUGAUUCCUCCUCUCUCCAGACUCAUCGGGCUGUCCACACCGAUACCUCGUACCGCUGCCCCGAGUGCGGUGAGGUGUUCGCCGACUCGCCCACCCUCCAAGCUCACCGCCUAAGCCACGCCGACGCCUCGUACCAGUGCCCUGAGUGCCGGGAGAUCUUCGACGACUCCCCUUCCCUGGCCGCCCACCGGCUCAGCCACAUCGACACCGGUUACCGGUGUGCCGGCUGCGGCCAGGACCUGGAGGGCGCCCUGGCCCUCUCUGCCCACCGGUGCCCGGCCACGCCGGGAGACAAGCCCUUCCGCUGCCUGCUGUGCGGCAAGGGCUUCAGCCAGGCCGUCUCGCUCAGGAAGCACCGGUGUGCCGGCGGUGCCGGGGGAGCCGAGGGGGUGGCGCCGAGUCCACCCGUCGCGGUCCCCAGGGGCUCCCGGCUCUCCCAGCGCCCCGGGGAGCGCUGCUUCCGCUGCCCGGCCUGCCCCAAGGGCUACAACCGCCUGGACAACUUGCGGCGGCACCAGCGGGUGCACCUGGGCGAGAGGCCGUUCCGCUGCACCGCCUGCGGCGAGGGCUUCCCCUCGUCGGCCUCGCUGCGGGCGCACCGGGCGUCCCGGCACUCGGGGCGCCCCCCCUCGCGGCGGGCGGGCGCCCCCUUCGAGGGGCACCCCUUCCCCUGGGCGGGCGGGGAGGCGGCACCGGCGCCCACCCUCCCCACCUCCCCGGGGUCACCGCCCCCCGGCUGCGACCUGUGCGGGGAGCGGCUGCCAGACGCCCUCUCCCUCCGCACCCACCGGCUCCUGCACACCUGGGGGGUGGGGCGCCGGGCGGAGGGGGAGGGGCAGGGGGGAGGGGAGCCGUGCCAGUGCCCGCAGUGCGGCGCCACCCUGCCCGGCCCCUCCGCCCUGGAGGAGCACCUCCUGCUGCACGCCUGGGAGCAGCCGUUCCGCUGCGACGUGUGCGAGGCCCGUUUCACCGACUCCUGCGCCCUGACCGAGCACCAGCUGGGGCACGGCGCGGGGCCCGGCAGCCCGGCGCGCUCCCCUGCCCUCCCCCGGGUGGGGACGGGUGCCUCCCCCUCCCCCUCCCCUUCCCCUUCCCCUUCCUCCUCCACCACCACCACCACCACCGACGCCCACCGCAAGCCCUUCACCUGCCCGGUGUGCCACAAGUCCUUCGGCGCCGGCCCGGCGCUGCGCGCUCACCGCACCAUCCACACCGGCGACAAGCCCUACCGGUGCCAGGUCUGCGCCCGCAGCUACAACCGCCUGGACAACCUCCGCCGGCACCAGUCCACCCACCUCAAGGCGGAGCGCUGACCAGCGAGACCCCCCUCGCGCACCCACCGCGUUCCUCCCCCACCAUGGCGUCGCCCGCCAGAACCGGGGAGCUGUGUGUGUCCGGGCCGGAGGGUCUCGCGGUUAUCCGCUCCCCCUCCAGCCCCAGCCAGGAGGCGCUCUCUCUCUCUCCCCCCCCCCCCCCCCCCCCCCCCAAGGCAGGGAGGGGGAUUCGCGGCGUUUCGCUUCUCGGGAUGCACCGGGAGGAUUGUUUCGGGGAGAAACGGCGAUGGUGAGGGGGCGGGAGCGUGGGUCUGUGUCUGACUCUGUGCCGUCCCAGUCCCUGGGUGGGUUUGAUGGGGGAGGGGGGUCACGGUGUAGAGGGAGCUUUACUCUGUAUCUAACCCCCUGUCCCUGGGAGUAGGGGGACUGUGUAGAGGAAGCUUUACUCUGUAUCUAAUUCCCUGUCCCUGGCAAUGGGGACAGUGUAGAGGGAGCUUUACUCUGUAUCUAACCCGCUGUCCCUGGGAGUGGGGGACGGUGUAGAGGGAGCUUUACUCUGUAUCUAACCCCCUGUCCCUGGGAGUGGGGGAUGGUGUAGAGGGAGCUUUACUCUGUAUCUAAUUCCCUGUCCCUGGGAGUGGGGGAUGGUGUAGAGGGAGCUUUACUCUGUAUCUAACCCCCAUGUCCCUGGGAAUGGGGGUGAUGGUGUAGAGGGAGCUUUACUCUGUAUCUAACCCCCUGUCCCUGGGAGUGGGGGAUGGUGUAGAGGGAGCUUUACUCUGUAUCUAAUUCCCUGUCCCUGGGAGUGGGGGAUGGUGUAGAGGGAGCUUUACUCUGUAUCUAACCCCCAUGUCCCUGGGAAUGGGGGUGAUGGUGUAGAGGGAGCUUUACUCUGUAUCUAACCCCCAUGUCCCUGGGAGUGGGGGACGGUGUAGAGGGAGCUUUACUCUGUAUCUAAUUCUCUGUCCCUGGGAGUGGGGGACUGUGUAGAGGGAGCUUUACUCUGUGCCAUGCCCCCUCCCCCCAUCAAACACUCCCAGGGACAGGGGCUGAGAUAGUGUAGAGAGAGCUUUACUCUGUAUCGAAACCCCAUCCCUGAGAAUGUUUGAUGGGAGACCAUGUAGAGGGAGCUUUACUCUGUAUCUAUGCGCCCCAUCCUGAGAGUGUUUGAUGGGGAGGGGGUGUGAGGCACAGUGUAAAGGGAGCUUUACACUGUCCCUGGGAGUGUUUGAUGGGGGGAUGGUGUAGAGGGAGCUUUACUCUGUAUCUAAUCUGCUGUCCCUGGGUAUAUAUAAUCUGGGAUGGUGUAGAGAGAGCAUUACUCCAUAUCUAACCCUGUGCUGUCCCUGUUCUGGGAGUGUUUGAUGGGGACUGUGUAGAGGGAGCUUUACUCUGUCUAACACCCCCCCACCCUUCUUGUCCCUGGGGGUGUUUGAGGGAGCGAGGAGUGUACAGGGGGCUUUACUCUGUAUCUGAACUUCAGUCCUUGGGAGUGUUUCAUAGGGGACAGUGUAGAGGGUGAUCCCUCAGCACUGACCCUCCGACAGUGCCCGCUCCCUCAGCGCUGACCCUCCGACAGUGCCCGCUCCCUCAGCGCUGACCCUCCGACAGUGCCCGCUCCCUCAGCGCUGACCCUCCGACAGUGCCCGCUCCCUCAGCGCUGACCCUCCG